AUGAGCACGGCCGAGCAGAAGUUCCAGGUCAAUGACUUGGUCUACGUGCCGAAUCCCGAGGGCCGGGAGGAUCCCUUCCUCGGGGGCGUCGUCGUCGGCCACGCCGGCAGCGAAGUCGCCGUGCUGACUUGCCGUGGCUCCCUGCGCUGUGCUCCGGCUGCGCUGCGGCGGCGCUUCGAGUCCGAGGGCUGUCCGGACAAUACCUCCCUGGUGUUCCUCAACGAUGCCUCCAUCUUGGAAAAUCUCCGAGUGCGACACGAGGUGGACGACAUCUAUACAUACACUGCGAGUGUCUUGUUGGCUGUGAACCCGUACCACGACAUCGAAGGGCUUUAUGGCGAGACGCAGUGCGCACGCUAUCGUGGGAAGCACAUCGGUGCGCUACCGCCGCAUCCUUAUGCCAUCGCCGAUACCGCCUACCGAGCCCUUGUGCGAGAGAGCAGAAAUCAGGGCUUCGUUAUUUCUGGCGAAAGCGGCGCGGGAAAGACGGAAACCGCGAAGAUCGUCAUGGAGUACUUGGGCUAUGUCUCCGGAUCCUGCAACCAGACGACGGCGCAGAUCCAGCGCAGAGUUCUUCAAGCGCAGCCUAUUCUGGAGUCCUUCGGAAACGCCGUCACCAUGAGGAACAACAACUCCUCACGAUUCGGCAAGUACAACCGCAUCUUCUUCGACGAGUCUGGUACACUCGUCAAUGCUUCUGUGACGACCUACCUGUUGGAGAGCUCCAGGGUUGUGUCCCACGGCAAGCGCGAGCGCACCUAUCAUUGUUUCUAUGAGAUGCUCAGUGGACUCUCCGAUGAAGAGCUCUCGAAGCUGCAUCUGGAUCGAACUGAGCCGUAUCUCCUCCUGACCGGCGAGGCCGAAGAUCUCGACUGGAAUGCUCAAUUCGAGGAGCGCGACCAGAAGCACUUCGACCGGCUUUGGUUUGCUUUGGCGGAGGUCGGCUUCAGUGAGCAGGACAUCAACGCCAUCUUCCAGGUUUUGGCCGGUCUCGUCCAUCUUGGAGACCUCUCCGAUGCGGAGAGGGACGAAGAAGACGUCACAGCAAUCGUCGAGCUCGAUGAGGAGAUCUUGGAAAAGGCCUCCCAGUUGCUCGGGCUGGACGAUGACGAGCUGGGCACGGCUCUCCAACGGCGGAAGGUGCGGGUGAAGCAUCCUGGCCGAGAGUCGAUAACCGAGGUUCCGCGGACCACAUCCCAGUUCAGACACGCACUGCACAGCCUGAUCAAAGCGCUGUACAAGCGGCUUUUCGAAAGAUUGGUGCAGCGAAUCAACAGCUCUUUUCGCGAGCUGUGCCCCCGCGAGCCCAGUGAGGACGCGCCCUGGUGUGAGACGGGCAUCCUUGACAUCUACGGCUUCGAGCGUUUAGAGCGCAACUCGUUCGAGCAGCUCUGCAUCAACCUGGCAAACGAGCGGCUCCAGCAAUAUUUUGUGGAGAACGUUCUGGUUGCCGAGCAGGCAAUCUACCGCCGGGAGGGCCUGGCUUGGCAGGGUUUGGCCCUGCCGGAUUCGACGCCCGUCGUGUCGGCGAUCCAGCAAACUUUCCGCACUCUCGACGAGUACAGCCAGCAGCUCGCCAAAGGUUUCGAGCGAAUGUCGGAUGAGGGCUUCUGCCAGAAGACCGUGGAGGAUGCUUCCAAGGACAUGCGGCGACGCGAGGUUCUGAGGCAGCUGAAACUGUCCAACCGACGGGGGAGCGGCACCGGGCUUUUCUUGAACGAGGGCUUCCUGGUGAAGCACUACGCCGGAUGGGUGGAGUACACCACCAAAGGUUGGCUGGACAAGAACAAUGACCGGCUCCUGCCCGAGUGUGAGGAGCUGAUCUGUGACUCGACCUUUCCCUUCGUGGCAUCCUUGGGCGAGGAGGAUCCGGGAAAGGUGCCCUUCCGGUCCAUCAGCAAGAAGUACUGCACGGAUCUCGAAAGCCUCCUCGAGACGCUAAACACUUGCCAGCUGCACUACAUACGCUGCUUCAAGCCGAACGAUUUCCAGGAGCCAAGUAUCUUCGACCAGGGCCUCGUCCUGGAUCAGAUCAUUCAGUGUGGCACUAUCGAGCUGGUCCGGAUAAUGCAUGACGGCUAUCCCAACCGCUGUCACUUCGAGGAGAUCGUGGGCCGCUUCAGGAGCCUUUUGCCGGAGAGCUUCCAGCGUUAUGGGAUGCGCACAUUCAUCGAAGCCCUGAUGCUGGCCUACGACGUGCCCAACGAGGACUGGGAGCUGGGCGUCUCGCGGCUUUUCCUCAAGGCUGGGCGUCUAAAGGCCCUCGAGGAUCUACGCUCCGAAGGCGCUGUCCCAGAUCCUGAAGCGCUUCGGCGCAUCGUGCAAGGCAUCAUCCGCAAGAGGUGGAUUCGGGCAAUACAUGCGGUGCAGCUUUGCCACUACCUACCAAAGCUUCUCGAGGAGAUUCGCGCUGCCAGGGCCUCCGCAGCGUUGGCCACAACUGCGCUACUCGUCGGUCGGUUGCAGCCGCUGCUCGCGACCGCCAGGGAGCGCCUCCUCCAACGGCGUCUGCGGGCACAGCGCCGGCUGAAAGCUGCCAUGGGCGCGGUGCGGCUGACAUUGUGGGUGAUGGCUGAGGUACGCCUGCAGCGCGUGCAGAAGGCCAUGCGCAGAUGGUGGCUGCUGCGUUCACGGCUGGAUACCUGGUUGAGGGAGAAAGCCCAGGCUCUUUUGGAGGAGGAAGAGGCACGCCAGAGAGCACAAGAAGAAGAGCGCCAGCGGGCAGAGGAAGAACGCCGGAGGGCGGAGGAAGAGGAGCUGCGGAGGGAACAGGAGGAGCUCGAGGCCGCAGAGGAAGCGGAGCGACAAAGGGCGGAAGAAGAGGCAGAAGAGGAGCGUCGGAGGGCGUAUGAGGAAGAACUGCGCAGGGCAGAGGAGCUGCACAUGGCGAAGGAGGAGGAGGAGCGGGAGCGAGAAAGAGAAGCGCAGCGCCAGAGGCACGAAGCAGAGCUCCAACACCAGCACGAUCUCGCACGAAGGCGCGAUGAAGAGGAGAGAGACCAUCAGGAAGAGCUCAAUCUUCCAGAGCAGUCGCAGGGCCACGUUUGGUUUGUGUCUGCAAUGCAGGGCGUCACGCACUGCUCUUCGGAGACCAUUCCACCGCAUGGUGCCGCUGCGUCUUCCUCACAGCUUCUCGAGGAGUUGAGAGGCGCAGCUGAUCCCGCCGACAGAGGGACGGCGCAUCAGGAGCAUGAUCAGACAUCCUCCCAAGCGGAGGAACUCUUGGACGAGUCAGAGCCGGAGAUGUUCAGCCGGGCAGAUCCGGAGGGCUAUCGGAACAGAGUGGACGAGCCGGAAGCAGAAGAGCAGGAGGUAGAUGAGGAAGACGAGGAGGAGGAAGACGAAGAAGCAGAGGAGGAGGAAGAGGAGGAAGAGGAAUACCGGGAGGAGUUGGAGGAAGAAGUGGAACCAGAGGAGGAGCAAAGAGAGAGGAGGCAAACUCACGAGGCACACCCUGGUGAGGAUCACCCAAGGUUCUCGGAUACAAAGCACGCUGAGGAGGACUUCCACUUGGCAUGCCAUGUUGAUCUGAAUCACUCCUCUCAAAAUUCUGCCCAGGAGGCUCUCAGAUUUUAUGGUGGUCUAUCCUUUCAGGGAACGAAGCCAAAGCACCGGUAA